CCGAUAGUUUCCUUCCCAGACCUCACCAUCAGUCUUCUUCCCCACCAUCAGUCUUCUUCCCCAACUCUCUCUCUCUCUCUCUCUCUCUCUCUCUCUCUCUCUCUCUCACACACACACACUCACAGAGAAGCGGAGGCGGAGAGAGGAAAGGAAAUGGUUGCUCAAAGAGGCAGGCCUUGGAUUCGAUGUGUGUUGUUACUCUGCCUGGCAAUUCAAUUUGCUUUGUUCGCCGCCGCCGAGACGUUCUUCAAGCCAUUCAACGUGAGCUACGACCACAGAGCUCUGAUCAUCGAUGGAAAGCGCCGCAUGCUCAUAUCUGCUGGCAUCCACUACCCUCGCGCCACUCCCGAGAUGUGGCCUGAUCUGAUUGCAAAGAGUAAGGAAGGUGGGGCAGAUGUGAUCCAAACUUAUGCAUUUUGGAGUGGCCAUGAGCCCAAGAGAGGACAGUACAACUUCGAGGGGAGAUAUGACAUCGUCAAGUUUGCAAAUUUAGUGGGAGCCAGUGGACUUUAUCUCCAUCUACGCAUAGGCCCUUAUGUCUGCGCUGAGUGGAAUUUUGGGUCUCAACUUCUUUCCCAAUUUUUUUUUUACAAAGGCUUCCCAGUGUGGUUGCGUGACAUCCCUGGAAUAGUGUUUCGAACAGACAAUGCGCCUUUUAAGGAGGAAAUGCAGCGUUUUGUUAAAAAGAUGGUGGAUCUGAUGCGAGAGGAAAAACUAUUUUCUUGGCAAGGUGGUCCAAUUAUUAUGCUGCAGAUUGAAAAUGAAUAUGGAAAUAUUGAAAGCUCAUUUGGCCAGAAAGGGAAAGAAUAUGUUAAGUGGGCUGCUGAGAUGGCUCUAGCUCUCGGUGCUGGGGUUCCAUGGGUCAUGUGCAAGCAAGUUGAUGCUCCAGGAAGUCUUAUAGAUGCAUGCAAUGGAUAUUAUUGCGAUGGUUACAGGCCAAAUUCCUAUAACAAACCAACACUGUGGACAGAAGAUUGGGAUGGAUGGUAUGCGUCAUGGGGUGGAAGAUUACCUCACAGGCCUGUUGAAGAUCUUGCAUUUGCAGUAGCACGCUUUUACCAACGCGGAGGGAGCUUUCAGAAUUAUUAUAUGUAUUUUGGUGGAACAAACUUUGGGCGGACUUCUGGGGGCCCCUUUUAUAUUACCAGUUAUGAUUAUGAUGCUCCAAUUGAUGAAUAUGGUCUGCUGAGUGAUCCUAAAUGGGGACAUUUGAAGGAUCUACAUGCUGCUAUAAAGCUCUGUGAACCUGCUCUUGUUGCUGCUGAUUCACCGCAUUAUAUAAAAUUGGGACCAAAGCAAGAGGCACAUGUAUACCGUAUCAAAACUCACCAUGAAGGCCUGAACAUUACUUGGUAUGGAACUCAAAUCAGUUGCUCCGCAUUCCUCGCAAACAUCGAUGAACAUAAAGCAGCUUCUGUAACAUUUCUUGGUCAAAAGUAUAACCUACCACCAUGGUCAGUCAGUAUUUUGCCAGACUGCCGGAACGUGGUGUUCAACACUGCCAAGGUUGGGGCACAAACUACCAUCAAAAGUGUAGAGUUCGAUUUGCCUCUUUACUCAGGUAUAUCUACACGACAACAACUCAUUACCAAGAAUGAAGAUUUGUUUAUCACCAAAUCGUGGAUGACUGUAAAAGAGCCAAUCAGUGUUUGGAGCGAGAAUAAUUUUACAGUUCAAGGAAUAUUGGAGCAUUUAAAUGUGACGAAAGACCUUUCUGAUUAUCUCUGGCAUAUAACCAGAAUCUUUGUUUCAGAUGAAGACAUCUCCUUUUGGGAGGAAAGCAAGAUUAGUCCAGCAGUUGCAAUUGAUAGCAUGCGUGAUGUGUUACGUGUAUUUGUUAAUGGUCAGCUUACAGGCAGUGUCAUUGGUCAUUGGGUCAAGGUGGAGCAACCUGUUAAGUUUCUCAAGGGAUACAAUGAUUUGGUGUUGUUAUCUCAGACAGUGGGAUUGCAGAACUAUGGUGCUUUCUUGGAGAGAGAUGGGGCUGGAUUCAGAGGACAGGUUAAACUAACCGGCUUUAAAAAUGGGGAUAUUGACCUCACAAAGUUGUUAUGGACUUACCAGGUUGGGCUUAAGGGUGAGUUCUUGAAAAUAUACACCAUAGAAGAAAAUGAGAAGGCAGAUUGGGCUGAGCUGUCCCUAGAUGCUUUUCCAUCCACGUUUACCUGGUACAAGACGUACUUCGACAACCCUGCUGGCACAGAUCCAGUUGCUCUUGAUUUAGGAAGCAUGGGAAAGGGCCAGGCUUGGGUCAACGGCCACCAUAUAGGAAGAUAUUGGACGCUUGUUGCUCCAAAGCAUGGAUGCCAAGAAAUCUGUGAUUAUCGUGGGGCAUACAACUCCGAUAAGUGCUCAACCAAUUGCGGGAAGCCUACUCAAACCUGGUACCACAUACCACGGUCAUGGUUACAGGCUUCCAGUAAUUUACUUGUUAUCUUGGAGGAAACUGGAGGGAAUCCAUUUGAGAUUUCAAUCAAGUUGCGUGCAACCCGAGUCAUCUGUGCUCAAGUGUCAGAGUCUCAUUACCCACCCGUCCAGAAGUGGCUCGAUCCAGACUUUAUUGAUGGAAAAAUUGCAGUAAAUGAUCUGAGACCAGAAAUGCAUUUGCAGUGUCAAGAUGGGAUGAUGAUUACUUCCAUAGAAUUUGCUAGCUAUGGUACUCCUCAAGGUAGCUGCCAGAGCUUUGCUAGAGGCAAUUGUCAUGCAGCCAAUUCAUUGUCCAUAGUCUCUGAGGGUUGUCUAGGAAAGAAUAGCUGUUCAAUUGGGAUAUCAAACCUUAUAUUUGGAUCUGACCCAUGCCGAGGUGUUAUUAAGAGGUUGGCAGUUGAGGCAAGAUGCGGUUCUUUACCAAAUGCUGGUUUUUCUCAGUUCUGAGUCAUUAACAAGCAGCUCACUGUGAGGAAUGGAGAGGUCCACCUUUGUAACUAUGUGGCUAACAAAUCGGCUGGGAAUCUUUUCAUCAGAACAUGUCCAUAUUCUGAGGUAGCAUGCUGCACUGUAACUCCAUCACUUUCCAGCGUGCUUCUUAUCAUGGAAUUAGUUUGAUCCGGUACUCUAGUUCUUGUUCAGACCAAAAAAAAAAAAAAGAUUCUCUAGUUCUUGUGCUUGUAUAGAUGUUGGCAUUAUGCUAAUUAGAUGAUUUGAAGAUGUGUAAAUAAGAGAAGCAACUUGGCCAAAUAUAAAAACUUACCAGGUGGGACUGAGUUACUCUAUGGACCAUAAUUUUGUUAUGGUUUUCUAUCUCAUACUGCCGUGUGAAUAUGUACAUAUUAGAAAAAGGCAAGCUUCUUCCCACAAUACAAAUAAUCUUUAGGUGAAUUUUUUUGUUUGUUUGGGUAUUUGGGUUUAAUUUUCAUGUAGAAAGUUGUGUUGGAUAAUGGUACGUCAUGGAGUCAUAUGAACAUUC